AUCAUCAUCCCGCAAGCAGCUCUCGUCCUCCUCCUCCUCACCAUCGGCACUCUUCACUCUCACUCCUGUCCGGCUUCGUUUCCAUUUGCCUGUCUCACACCGAAGGUUUAAUUUUUUUCAUUCUAAGGACGAUCACUUUGGAUUAGCACGGCAAUUUUAUGAUGCACUUUGCAAGCGUCUAGCAGCGCUAUUGCUGGAGGAGGAGUCAUUAUUUCAUCAGCUUUCCACCCUGCCAAAGUAUGAGGCUCUGAUCUGCCACUGAAACCGAGGUUUCCCUGAGCUACAGAGAAGAUGUCCACCAUGGUGUAUGCACGGGAAGAGAAGCUUGAGAAGCUCACCCAGGAAGAGAUCAUCUCCAACACGAAGCUGGUGAUCCAGGGUCUGGAGGCCCUGAAGAAUGAGCACAACUCCAUCCUCCACAGCCUCCUGGAGACUAUCAAGUGCCUAAAGAAGGAUGAAGAGGCAAACCUGGUGCACGAGAAGUCCAACCUGCUCCGCAAGUCAGUGGAGAUGAUUGAACUGGGCCUGGGAGAAGCACAGGUGAUGAUGGCCCUGUCCAACCAUCUGAACGCCGUGGAGUCGGAGAAGCAGAAGCUGCGUGCGCAGGUGAGGAGGCUCUGCCAGGAGAACCAGUGGCUGCGGGACGAGCUGGCCAACACCCAGCAGAAGCUGCAGAAGAGCGAGCAGAGCGUGGCCCAGCUGGAGGAGGAGAAGAAGCACCUGGAGUUCAUGAACCAGCUCAAAAAAUAUGAUGAAGACGUCUCACCCACUCAGGAGGAGAAGGACCGAGAAACACCGAAGGACUCCCUGGACGACCUCUUCCCCAAUGAUGAGGAGGAGCAUGGCCCAGGAAUGCCACACCAACACAACAGUGCGGCCGUGGCUGCAGCCCAGCAGGGAGGCUACGAGAUCCCGGCACGUCUGAGAACCCUGCACAACCUGGUGAUCCAGUACGCCUCCCAGGGCAGGUACGAGGUGGCGGUCCCCCUCUGCAAGCAGGCUUUGGAGGACUUGGAGAAGACUUCUGGACACGACCACCCUGACGUGGCCACCAUGCUCAACAUCCUGGCCUUGGUCUAUAGGGAUCAGAAUAAAUACAAAGAGGCCGCCCAUCUGCUCAACGAUGCUCUGUCCAUCCGUGAGAAAACCCUGGGGAAAGACCAUCCCGCUGUUGCUGCGACACUGAACAACUUGGCUGUGCUGUACGGAAAGAGGGGGAAGUACAAGGAGGCUGAGCCUCUGUGUAAGAGGGCUCUGGAGAUCAGAGAAAAGGUCCUGGGUAAAGACCACCCAGAUGUGGCCAAACAGCUGAACAACCUGGCUCUGCUUUGCCAGAACCAGGGCAAGUAUGAGGAGGUGGAGUACUACUACUGCCGUGCCCUGGAGAUCUACGAGUGCCGACUGGGCCCAGAUGACGCCAAUGUGGCCAAAACCAAGAAUAAUCUGGCGUCCUGCUUCCUCAAACAGGGGAAAUACAAGGAGGCUGAGAUUCUGUACAAAGAGAUCCUGACUCGUGCUCAUGAGAAAGAGUUUGGAUCUGUUGAUGCUGAAAACAAGCCCAUCUGGAUGCACGCAGAGGAAAGAGAGGAAAUGAGCAAGGGCAAGCACAGAGACAACACUCCAUACGGAGAGUACGGAGGCUGGUACAAGGCCUGCAAAGUCAACAGCCCCACAGUGAACACCACCCUGAGGAACCUGGGGGCCCUGUACCGCCGACAGGGCAAGCUAGAGGCUGCUGAGACCCUGGAAGAGUGCGCCGUGAGGUCUCGCAAGCAGAGCAACACAGGCAUCGACCCCAUCCACCAGACACGUGUGGUGGAGAUCCUGAAGGAUACAGACGGCGACAGGCGGAGGAGCCGGGAGAGCCUGAGCAGCGUUAAGUAUGAGAGCGGCUCUGAGACCGGCGAGGAAGUGAGUAUGGGCGUGGAGUGGAACGGGCUACGCCCUUCACCGCGCCGCCAACCCAGUCCAAAACAUGCAUGUAGCAACGCCAGCCUGCUGGGCUCACCCUUAACACGCACACAUGAUGGCAGCGGAGCACUCCAGCGCAGCGGCUCUCUGGGGAAGCUCCGGGACGUCCUGCGUCGCAGCAGUGAGCUGCUGGUGAAGAAACUGCAGGGCAACGGACCGCCUGAACCUCGCAGCACCACCAUGAAGCGAGCUGCUUCCUUGAAUUACCUGAACAAAACCAGUGAUGACCCGUUCCAGACUCCGGGCGGCAGUAAUUUCAGGGAGAGCCGAGGUCUGAGCUCCAGCACUGUGGAUCUCUACACCGGAAACAACAGCUGAUGUGUUCGCCGACCCAGAGAGGCUCCUUCCUUUGGCUCGUUCUCUGAGCCACGGUGAUCACCGACAACUCUACCAGACAGCCUCCCACACUGUCUGCGUCCGACCCAAAGACAAAGUGUGUUUUUUUCCCAGUUUGUUUUUAAAAUCCAAGUAGUUGAUUUUUGAUCUUCCCAGAGACAGAUUGCUGUAUGUUUCCCCUCAUUGUGUUCCUAACAUUGGUGUCGCCUCAGUGCCUCCUAAAUGUGGCCAAUAAAACUUACCUCAUCUCUCCCCUUCUGUUGCAAUAAUGUCACCCGUUCUGGAUUAUUUCUCCUUUUAUGUUUGAGAUAUUUGUGUCUUCCUGUGCCAUUCAUUGGUUUAUUACUGCAAAUUAUAAGAUAUUUUGUGCAUUUCUAUUUUCUCCAAAAUAGAAAUAUAAUAAGUAGGUCUGUUGGGCUUGAAAUGACAUGAUUAUACUGUUUUAAAAAAAAAAAAAAAUCAUUUUUAUUUUCAUUUUAAUGGUUUUGCCUGUUGAGAUUUACUUGCAAUGCGAGGUGUUGGUUAAAGCUUUGGGAAACAAGGUGACAUAUUUGUCUUACUAACAUGAUUUCAGUCAUGUGACUCUUUUAGGGAUAACUUUUUGUUCAUACCAAGUUUUGAAAAACAAUUAGAACUGGCUGCUGCUUUAACCUGUUCAACUUUGAGAUCCAAGUGUGUUUUUCUCUUCCAUUGCAGAGAAAACGCAAGAGAGUCAUUUAUGGUGUGCUGAGAAACACAACCAUGAAAAUGUUCAACUUUUUAGAUUGUAUAUAUAAAAAUAAAUGACGAGGUUGACCCGGGUUGCUUAAUUAAUCCUGGUCUUCCUGAAUGUUCUCUGGUGCCAUGCAGGACUCGUCUGCAGAACCGGCUGCAUCUCUGUGUUUCAGUCGACCUCUGCAGGUUUGAGCUGCCAGCAUCAUCCUAUAAUGUUGUUUACAGUGAUUAGAAUGAGUGUCUAGAUAAUGUGAUUUGGUUAUAAUGGUUUUUGCACAAUUCUCAGAUGGGUGUUUUCUGUCUUUGAUUGCAUUUUUAGUGAAGCUCAAAAGAACUGGAAUGUCUUGUAAUUAUAUUUUUGAUUUUUCUUUUUUGCAUUGUUUCACAUGUUUUUCCUUUCAUCAUUUAUAAUAAAUGUAAACAACAGAAUCUGAUCACAAGUUCACAAAUCAUAGAAUUCAUCAGGAAAUUAGUGGGAAUAGAAUAAAAUAGUCAUUUUUGGUUGAAUGUG